AGAGAGAGAGAUAUGCUGGUUCGAUGAGAUCAGAGAAGAAAGGAGCUCCCUGAGAAUAUAUUCAUGUCUCUACUUUGGGUAGUAGCAUGUGGAAGCAUUCCCUUUUAGUUAGCAUGUUUUCUGAUAGUUGGGUUGGAAGAGAACGGUAGCUGGCUGAGAGAGAUAGAGCGAGAGAGAGAGUGAGAGAGAGACCGAGACCGAGAGAAAGGGGAGAGAAAAAAGGGCCCCUGGGACACAAAGUGCUCUUUCAUAGCGGACUCUCCCUGGGAUCCUGCUGCGGUCUGCACCGGCGGGACGCACUCUCUCUCCAGCCGCGGCCGUCUCUGCGGGGACGCCGAUUAGCCUGCCGGAGCGGGCCACUCUGGGGCUCUGUACCGAGGACACUCCGUGCCUUGUUUUCCAUCUCGUCCCGGGACGGGGGAGCCGCACACGCUCUCUCUCGCGCGCCCACCGGCGGACUCGAUGUUUCAAAGGGCUCAGAGUCGCUCCGGGCUACGGCAGAGCGCAGUCUGCCUCUCUCCCAACAAGCCAAGACACGGGGAAAGCUUCAUCACUCUUUUUUUUACCUUCUUUUAAUAAGACGCAAGCUCUCCAGGCUGGUUUUUACACAUUUGUAAAUGCAAAAGUGGCAGCUUCUGGAAAGCUGAACUUUUCGUUCGUUUUUGCUGCCUUGGUUGAACGGAGCAAGUCGCGCUACUUUGAAGAAGUCACUCGGAAAAGUUACCUACUCUGAGAACAAAGCUGCCAAGAGCUGUGGCUGGAAUCCAACCACCGCCUUGUAAGUGCCUCAGUAAAUAAGAGCUGAGGGGAGGUGGAGGUGCGGAGUGGGGGGAGGCGAGGUUGCUCUCAGGCUUAUUCUCAGGCUCAUUAGAAGAUUUGGGUGUCAUGGGAUUUCGGAGGUGAGGGAUUAUGCUUUGUUUUGGAGGGCAGUGUUGGAGGGGGGGACUGUGAGUGCAGCGGCAGGCAGAAUCGGCACACGCGUAUGUGUGUUAGCCUGCGCGGCGUGCCAUGCUGGUGCUGAGCGGCGGACCCACCGAGUUGAGCCUUGCAGGACCGGAGAGGCUGCAGCCGGGUCGGACGGUCUACCGCGUGUCCGUUGUCCUGAGCGAGGCGGAGCAGGGCGCGGGGACGUGGCCCGCCCCCGCGGCCCGUGGCCGGGCGUCCCCCCGGGAUCCACGGCAGCGAGAGAGCCCAGGGCGGGGGAGGUCUUCUCCCGAGCUCAGCAGACAGCCCCCUACGAGCUGUGGGGGCGGAGAGGGGAGGGACCGGGAAAAAAUGAGGAUGGACCGGUUUGUGGAGAGACACUCCGAAGGCCCCGCCGGAGAUUCCCUGGCAAACGGGGAAGAGACGACGAGAGCAGCGGCAGCUCCAGUCCCGCUGCAGCAGCACCAAACGAAGACGCAGGACCCGCUGCCUGAUGAUGGUGGCCCGCCGUUCGAGAGCGCCGUGCCCCAAGUGGUGCUGCGACGGCCCCCGCAGGGCUGGCCCACCGGCGGCAGGAGGGUGGUGAGCAUGUUCGGCUCCCCGGCUAAACCAGAGCUGGCCUUGCAGAGUGCCCAAGAGAUAUUUAACAGGCCUAGGAGCGUGUGCGUCCCGGCCAGCCUCAACCCCCCGCUGCCCACCCCUGCGACCCAGCGUGGACCCGCGGAGGCCCUCCAGCAGUGGAGGAGGGCAGAGCUGCGGGCCUGUGACGGCCCGAAGCUCGAGGCGCCCCGGCCGAUCCCCCCGGAGGUGCGUCCCAGGUCCCGACCCCACGGGGGCAAGCCGCGGCCCGUCAGUAUGACGGUGCUGGAGCUGAAGAAGCGCGGGUCCCGGGACAACCUGCUCCACGAUGGCCCCGGCGCCAGCUUUGGCCGCACCUCCAGUGACGGCGCCAGCUGGAAGCUCUUCAGCCGGCUUUUCCGCAGGGCUUCCCGGGACCCUGAACCGGUCCCCCAACCCACCGUCAAGCCAGACUUUCCCAAGUCCGAGGCCCCCAAGCCCGAGGCCCCCAAAAGGACCCUGGCCUCCCUGCGCAGGAGCCUGAGUUUCCGGAUCAGGAGGGGCUUGGAUAGGGGGGAGGCCGAGGAGCCUGUUCGAGACAGGGUCCGCACCAAAAGUAUUGGGGAGGACACGGGGAACUCCGCGCAGCCCUUCUCCUACCUGACGGGAAGAGUCCUGUCCCCGCCGCGGGAACGGGACGUCGACAAAGGGGUGCAGUACGUCAAGUAUCAGAGCAGGGGGAAGGUCAAGGUGAUGGAAGUGCCUAACUGCCCGGCCAAACUGUCCCGACCCAGCCAGGAGGAGCACAGCGUGUGGCGCCUGCUGACCAGUCGUUUUAAGAAAAAGGACCCGCCGCCAAGCAGCAAAUGCGAGCUGCACUCUGAGACCUCGGAGUUUGGCAAACAUCCCCUGGCUGAGCGUAAAAAGUCUCCGUCCGUUACCAUGGAGACGGUCGCCGGCAUGAAAUUCAGCAAAGGUCAAGACUCCUUCGUCAACAGUCAGGAGUGGACGCUGAGCCGGUCGGUGCCGGAGCUCAAAGUGGGCAUUGUGGGUAACUUGUCCAGCGGGAAGUCUGCCUUGGUCCACCGGUACCUGACAGGCACAUACGUCCAGGAGGAAUCCCCUGAAGGCGGGCGAUUCAAAAAGGAGAUUGUUGUGGAUGGACAGAGCUACCUGCUCCUUAUCCGGGACGAAGGCGGGCCCCCCGAGCUUCAGUUUGCUGCCUGGGUGGACGCGGUCGUCUUUGUCUUCAGCCUGGAGGAUGAGAUCAGCUUCCAGACCGUCUAUAACUACUUCCUGCGCCUGUGCAGCUACAGAAACACAGCUGAUGUGCCCAUGGUGCUGGUGGGCACACAAGAUGCCAUCAGUGCUGCAAACCCCAGAGUCAUCGAUGACUCGCGCGCCAGGAAGCUAUCCAAUGACCUGAAGCGCUCCACGUACUACGAGACCUGCUCCACUUAUGGCCUGAAUGUGGAGAGAGUCUUCCAGGACGUUGCCCAGAAGGUGGUGGCCCUGAGAAAAAAGCAGCAGCUGUCCAUCGGCCCGUGCAAGUCCCUCCCCAACUCUCCCAGCCACUCCUCCGUCCCAUCCGCAUCAAUCCCCUCCGUUCACAUCAAUCAGCAGGCGGCUAACGGCGGGGGCGCAUUCAGCGACUAUUCGUCCUCCGUCCCCUCCACCCCCAGCAUCAGCCAGCGGGAGAUGCGCAUCGAAACCAUCGCUGCUUCCAACACGCCCACGCCCAUUCGCAAGCAGUCCAAACGCCGCUCCAACAUCUUCACAUCUCGGAAAGCCAGUGAGCAAGCAAAGAGCAGUGACUGUAAAACAGACAGCAUAGGCAGUGGGAGGGCCAUACCAAUCAAACAGGGUAUCCUGCUGAAGAGAAGUGGGAAGUCCCUGAACAAGGAGUGGAAGAAGAAAUAUGUUACCCUGUGUGACAACGGCCUCCUGACCUACCACCCUAGUUUACAUGACUACAUGCAGAAUGUGCACGGGAAGGAGAUUGACUUGUUGAGGACCACGGUCAAGGUCCCGGGCAAGAGGCCCCCUCGAGCGGUCGCCACCAUAGCCCCCACAGCCAGCCCCAAGACCAAUGGCUUGGCCAAGGAGCGCAGCAGUCUGCAGCUAGGGACCGGGACCGCAGGUGCCCCCCACUCCAACAGCAGCGGUUCCCUGCAGUCCGAGCGCUCGGUCAGCGGGAUCAACCUGGUGGCUUUCGGCGGGAAGCCGGACGGCAUGCACCAGCGCUCCUUCUCCGUGUCCAGCGCCGACCAGUGGAGCGAGGCGGCCGUCAGCACCAGCCCGGGGGCAGCCAAUGGAACUGCAGAUGCCCUGAGCUCCAGUCCCAGUGUGACCAGCGCCACGAGCCCCAAGCUGGAACCCCCGCCCUCGCCGCACGCCAACCGCAAGAAGCACAGACGGAAAAAGAGCACAGGGAUCACCAAACCGGACGGGCCGUCUGCCGGCAACGAAGAGCAAGAGGAGUCGUUUGAGUUCAUCAUCGUCUCGCUGACGGGGCAGAUGUGGCACUUCGAGGCCUCCACGUAUGAGGAGCGGGAGCUUUGGGUGCAGGCCGUCGAGAGCCAGAUCUUUGCCAGCCUGCAGUCCUGCGAGAGCAGCAAGAACAAGUCUCGAAUGGGCAGCCAGAGCGAUGCGGUGGCCAUCCAGUCCAUCCGGAACGUAAGAGGGAACAGCUUUUGUGUGGACUGCGAAGCGGCCAACCCCGACUGGGCCAGCCUGAACCUGGGGGCGCUGAUCUGCAUCGAGUGCUCCGGGAUCCACCGCAACCUGGGCACCCACCUGUCACGCGUGCGCUCCCUGGACCUGGACGACUGGCCUGUGGAGCUCAGCAUGGUGAUGGCCGCUAUCGGCAAUGCCAUGGCUAACAGCGUGUGGGAGGGCGCGCUCGAGGGCUACACCAAGCCUGGCGCGGACUGCACCAGGGAGGAGAAGGAGCGCUGGAUCCGGGCGAAGUACGAGCAGAAGCUCUUCCUGCUGGCGCUGCCGCAGUCGGACGUCCCUCUGGGCCAGCAGCUCCUCCGCGCGGUGGUGGAAGACGACCUGCGGCAGGUGGUGCUCCUCCUGGCGCAUGGCACCAAGGAGGAGGUCAACGAGACGUACGGCGAUGGCGAUGGUCGUACCGCCCUGCACCUCUCCUGCGCCAUGGCCAACGUGGUCAUUACGCAGCUCCUGGUCUGGUACGGUGUGGAUGUGAAAAGCCGGGACGCGCGGGGCCAGACGCCGCUGGCCUACGCGCGGAGGGCGUGCAGCCAGGAGUGCGCCGACAUCCUGCUCCAGCACGGCUGCCCCAACGACGGCGCCGGCCUGGUGCCCACGCCCAACACGGCGCGCCGCAACCCCAACGCCAACAACAACGCCCAGUGCGAGCUCAACCGCAGCGCCAGCUUCAUCUAACGGCGCCGCACGCGGACGCGAGGCCGCACCCCCUCCCCCUCCACACAAACACGCGCACUGUGGCACCUGACGCCCCCUAACCCCGUCCCCUCUCCCCUCCCUCUGUGUCAUGUGACUCGAGUGGCCCCGGGGGUGACGGGGGAACAAAGCGCGGAAGUCCCGCUAAGGGAACCCCGAAGAGCAAGGGCUUCGGUGGGGGGCGAGCCCUGAAGCCCCAACGCUCGUGAUUUAUUAGGGCCAUUACAAAACCAUUCCCAAAAAUGUUUUCACCCUUUGGAGGAAAGCCAGGAGAGCACUCCUGUUGAGGGUAAAUAUCACAGGUACAGUGACAAGAGACUGGUUAACAUCAACUUCACAGCUGCAUCAGCGCUAUUGACUGGACCAUUACUGUAAUUAUUGCUAUUAAUAUGGCUAUUAUUAAAGUUUAAACUUGUGCUUUAAGAAGGGUAGGAACUCCACGUAGCGCAUUUAGCGAACGCUCACGCUAACCAAUUCAGAAGGGAUAUGAGAUGGAUGGAUGAGGUGAGUGUAGUAUAUAUUCAGCCAAUAUUAGCCUGAGAAAAGAUGAGCCAUUUGUGUAGUUUCUAAUUUUAGUAAACAUGUCUGUGAACAUUUAUCUAGAGCGCAGUGGUGCAAUUUGGAUCGACAGCUGUCAGGAGAACCGUACGGCUCGUAUGGUCCACCUCAAAACCGCUAUCGAUGGACCUCUCUUUCCUUACCUCUAUGACAUCUGACCAUGCGAAGGACCGUUUUCUGGACCCAGAUGGCCCAGGUACAUGACUGCCACUUUUCCUAGGCAUGUCCUGAUAGAUAGAGUCUGAAAGUAGCCCACUUCUGGUGUACAGCAAAGCUUCUGCAGAUCAUUCUGCAAAGUUUAGGAGGGCGGGGGGCUUGGUGGUGAGGAUGGCCAGGUUUGAGCGUUUAUUUAUAUUUCUUUCUCCAGGUCCCAUUCUCAGUUGUCUCUAUUGGGUUGUGGUGCUGUAGCGAGCCGUUGUUUGGUCUUACCGUCUCUAAGUUUCUACGACUGCCUUAGCGACUUGCCUUGACCGCUGGCUUUAGUGAGCACUAGAGCAGCACUACAGUAAUGCAGUAUUCCUCUGCUUUCUGCUAUAGCAAUGAGUUUUUUAUUGCAGGGGGCCCUUGGGUCCAGACUCAAUAGCAUCAGACUGGGACUUCAGGGGUGUGGGGUGUCUGUGUACGUCUCAUCUACAGUUCACUGUUUGAUUCAGAACACAUUUUGGUCGAUUUGAUGUUCAGUUACCCAUACUGACUGCUCAAACCUUGAAACAAAACUAUGAAACCCCAUUUCAAAGCAAAACAGGAAAAUAUUAAGAAUCCAUUAUCAUCAGAGCAGAGCGUAUUCCUAAUUCUGUGCAGAAAUGGUGAAAAAUGUCCUCAUUUCUAAAGUGUAGUGAUUUCCUACAUCCAAAAGUCUUGGUGGGCAUAACCCAGAGCUGUUCACAUUAGCCUUGCCUAGUUAGAUGCCUUUUUUGCCUUUGCACAUUGCCUACCUGUCCUUUAUCACCGCUGUUGAAACCAAAGUUCAAACCUUGCCUUCACUGUCUUUUUUAACAAGCAAAAAGAUUAUUCACUGCAGUAUUGUUGCCUCAGAGAGUUGGAUUAUUUUGCCAUAAGAUAUUCUGUGAUAGAAUGUACCGGAAUGAUCUCCGUUCAUCUGGACCAGUUAGGCACAGAUAUCAGUUUAUCAGUCAAUCAGGUUGUUGGUUUAUCUUGACCAGUAAUGACUGUUACAGUACACUUUUAGAUUUAGAUUACAUGUGAAUCCAGACUUAUUCUCAUUCAUAUUAUUCAUAUUUCUCAUUCAUGUUUGUGUUAAAUUUCCCCCAUUUUAAGUUGUUUUAAGUUCAAUGUGUAGUAUUAGUUUAGUGAGAAAUGUAUAUUUUGCUGUAAUAGUUGCAUAGUACUGCACAGAACUAGGAAUUCUUGAAUGCCCCCUCCUGCACAAAGGAGUCAUCAAUGCACAAAAAUGUAUAUACGCUAUGUAUUUGUUGCAAGAAGACACUCCACCACUAGUCAUUUUACACUGUUUUCCCUCUGCCAUUCAUAGUGGUCUUUGUAAGGUAAUGCUGAACUGUUGUAUGGACAGUGAGCUGUCUGGGGGGGGGGGAGGGGAGAAAGGGGUGAGACAGGCUUCCAUCUGGAUGCAGACCUCAAAGAAAUGCAUUCGCUCCACAUAUGAAAGUUCUUUGAAGGCCACAUCAAAGAAUGCUUCAUUUUAAUUCAUGAAGGGAAAGUCCCAGCCGCUCGACCGCCACUUGUCAACUGAUCCGUGAACUUUAGAGAAGGAAGCCCCUGUUACGCUGCUCCCGGGUGUCACCGCAUCAUAGUUUGAAUCAUCGUCAUCUCGUCAGCGUUGUAGUGGUGUUUAGGCCUGUAUUCCCGCCUCCAUGGUCCUUCUGUGUUUGUAGCCUCUUCAGUGUAAUGGACGACCCCUGCUGCUUCCUGUGGCCCUGUUCGCUGUCCGCUGCUCCUCCGCGUGACGUUUCCCCGCAGACUCUGUGGCGCUCCUGCUUGCGCGCGCGCACUGGAUGAUUCCGAACGAUGGCGUUUGAGUACGCGAGAAGAAGAAAAAAUGCAGUGUUUGACUAAAUGUGUCAGGACAUUUUUAAAAACGGUGUUGACGUGUACAGAAAUAUGUAAAAAGUAGCUUUUCCUCUUGCAGCUGACCUUUUAGUCCCUAACGGCGUGUGUGUGUGUGUGUGUGCUUCGGAUGGGACUUCCUUUGAAAUACUGUCUCCCUUUGCGCGAUGAGGCCGAAGAGCCAGUUUGACUUGCGUUGUCUGUAAUUUGCGCAGAAUUCAUGCGCCGGGGAGAAAUCAAGGGGUUACUGAAGCCUAAAACCAGUUUCACCAGUUGGGUUCAGUCUCAGCAAGGCCAACACGCAUAUUCUUCUUGUGUCUUGGUUGUUUUCAUGGCAUAAUCCCAGUGUAAUAUCCAGCCAUCUGACUAUAAAUGGGUUGGACACAACAGUCCUCUCUUGUCUGGGCCCCCCUCUGACCAGGGCUAACAAGCCUAGAAACUGAGCUGAAUGAUGGCAUCAUAUUUCCCACUUAAUAUUUGCGAUUUCACAACCAACAAACAAACUGUAUUCCAGGGGUGUAGAACUCCAGUCUGAAAAACUGCAGCGUUUGCUGGUUUCUGCUUUGUUUCAGCACUUAAGUGUUUCAUUUAAGUCAUUGAUUGAUCAAACGGUCCAUGCGCCUUGCUUCCAAGGCUAAAACUGUCUGUUGAUUGAAGGGAAACAACACAAAGCUGCAGAUAUUGCAGUCCUCCAGGACAGGAGUUUGCAAUCCCGGCUGCAGUCUGUUUUACAAUUAAUAUGGUGAUACAGUAAGGAACUGACUCUGGUUUGUUUAACCUCAGUAACUGGCCUUGGUACAACUGUGGAUUUACUGCAAUGAGUGCUUAAGGACACUUAAAACCAAGUCUAAUUGAUGGAUGGUUUUAUAGUCAAGGUUUAAAUUAAGAUAUAUGUGUACCUUAGGGCAACUACCAUUGGUGAACCCCCAAAAACCCUUAUACCCUGUAUGUUUCCUGAUUUCAACACCCCCUCCAUUCCAUCAUAUUGAAUGGCAGUUUUUCCCAAAGAACAUUUUAUUGAUAGACUGAGUAUGCAGGUCAAUGAACAUAGGAUUGGGAAUAAUGCAAAAGACUACAGGGCACCCACCCCUCUUGUUUUAGGCUAGGAAUGCACUGGGACUGCUCGAGAUAAUUAUUUUAAAUGAAGAAAAAUCAGUCAAGCGGAGUUGUGAAAGGGAUCUGGGUCAAUCCCUGAAAGACAAAAAGCCAACCAAAAUGCUUUCAAGAACGACCUCAACCCUCCGAGCUGUAGCCCCAACCUCUACAUGAACCACCCCCCCUUCCCCCCCACCCACCCUCAAUGACAUUUUUGUUUUGUUAUUGCAUUCUUCUCUUUAUUUUUUAUUGUAUUUAAGGUACUAUGGUUAAGUCUCAAUGCGUAUACAUUGUCUGACCGUGUGAGGUACUGUGUAUAAUAAUGUACAUUUGACAUAUUUAUAUUGCAGUAUGUAAAUAUUGAUUUUUGUUGUUUUUUCCUGUUUUUUUUUUUCUUUUCAUUUGAGAACAUGAAACAAAGCAAAUUCAAAAGAAGAAGACAGUUACUGUUUGUGUGCUUGGAUGACUGUGGACAUAUUAAUAAACACUCCAAUAAAAUAAUGUAGCCUUCCCAGAAGUGGGAGUAACAACCACA